AUGUUUAGCAAAAAACCUCUAUUCAAGAUGAACAUCACCCAGAGCCACAGUUCAAAUAAAAGUAUCAGAAAACGAACCAGAAGACCUAACUUGAACUCUUUUGCUUCCACAAAUGCAGCAAAAAAUACACCAAAAAUCCCAGAUCCUAAUAUAAUCCGAGCAGUCUUAUUUAGAAACCUAAACGAUGAUAGGAACAUCAUCUCACAUGACGACUCUUCAUCCCUCAGCGCCAAAACUAUAAGGAGCCCUAGGGAAAUUUGUAAGCAUGGAUCUUUAAAUUCAUUCAUUGCUUUUAGAGCCUACUAUUCUCAGUUCGCAAACGGCAUAAAUCAAAACAAACUCUCAUCUAUACUUUCCAAAUUCUGGAAGUCAAAUCAAAGUCAACAAACAUUUUGGGACCGUUUAACGGAGCAGUAUAAACAAAUAGAUCGACUAUAG